UUGGGCAUCCUCGUUUUCCCACAGGGGAUAGUGGACGGGCUAUGGCCAACAUCAUCUGCCGCAGUUUCUUACGAUAUAGCAUUUCCGAGACGAUCCGACCAAGCGAACCCUCCUUUUGGGUUCUUAUAGCGUCCUUGUUCUUCUCGUCCUCCAACUUUCUUCAUCGAUUUGAAGUUUCUUCUUCCUGUUGAAUCUCAAAGUUGAAAUACCUGGUUAUUGCUACUUGAGAAACCAUGGGAGAUGUGAUGGAUUUAACUGGGGAUGGAGGUGUGAUGAAGUCAAUUGUGAGGCGUGCAAAGGCUGAUGCUAUUGCUCCAACUGAGAACCUUCCACUUGUUGAUGUUCAUUACGAAGGUGUACUUGAUGAAACUGGUGAAGUUUUUGACACCACGCAUGAGGAUAAUACUGUGUUCUCCUUUGAGAUCGGGAACGGCACUGUAAUUAAGGCCUGGGACAUUGCCUUGAGAACCAUGAAGGUUGGGGAGGUUGCAAAAAUCACUUGCAAGCCAGAGUAUGCCUAUGGAAGUGGAGGUUCUCCGCCAGACAUUCCUUCAAAUGCUACACUUGUCUUCGAGGUUGAGUUGGUGGCCUGCAGGCCACGAAAGGGUUCGAGUGUAAGCAGCGUUUCGGAUGAGAAGGCAAGACUUGAGGAACUGAAGAAGCAGAGAGAGUUGGCUGCAGCAAUCAAGGAGGAAGAGAAGAAGAAGAGAGAGGAGGCCAAAGCUGCCGCUGCUGCUCGUAUUCAGGCCAAGCUGGAUGCCAAGAAAGGUCAGGGUAAGGGCAAAGGCAAAGCAAAAUAGGGGCAUUGGGCAUGUAUCCGUUAAUAAAAAAAGAAAAGAAAAAGAAAACACUAUAGAGUAUAGACUCCUAAUGUGAAAAAGUGAACCAUGUCGUAUAUACCUUGUAUAACUUGAAUUUAUGGUCGAAAUAGUUGUAGUUUAGUAA